AUGACGUGUCCGCAGCUCCUGUUCGUGUGUUGGUGCUCCGGCAUCCUCGCAGUGACCAGCUGCAUCAGAGUUCAGCUGACGCCCCCGCACAAAGCUGAGGUCCAAGAAACACCAGACACUGUUAAUGUCACGUUGAAAAGUGGGUAUGAAGGCCAUCGGUACCUCAACGAUGGCCUGGACUACGAACUAUUACUUCAAACAUCUCAAAGCAGCAGGAAACCGGUGGUUGCCCCCUCUGAGUUAGGAGAGUUACUGCCUCAAGCGAGGGAGUUCAAGUAUCUUGAGGUCUUGAUCACAAAACAAGUAAAUAUAUUAGUCAUUCUGAUCAAAUCUCUGGGCCCGGUGUGUGUCGCUGUUGGAGUCCUGCUGUUUGUGUUCUACAGUCCCGCUGCAAGAAUGAAGAUAAAAACUAAACUGCUGUCGCACACACCAUCACCGGCUCCUUUCUUCCAACCUCUGUUUCAACAACACGAAGGCAAUUUCCAGGAAUGGUUUUCACCUCGAGGCAGAUUUGUGCUCACAUAUAAAACUGAAGAGAUCCUGAAAACCGAUGCUGUGAAUGUUGUCCCGAAUCCCAUUACAAAGGACCCAGAGGAGAACCAGGACUUCCACAACCUUCCAGUAACACAACUGGUGUUCCCUCAGUGUCAAAGCUCCUAUGUUGGCUUACCCGGGGUACAUGAGGGCCCUCCCCCUUUAACUCUGGUCUGUCCAGGGGACAUGUCUUACACUCAGCUGCCCUGCUCUGUCUGGGGUGUCGGCAUUGGAGAAGUAGAAGUUCCACCUCCUUUCUUCUCCUCUCCACCUAAAGAUCUCUUCAACAUCAGCCGUGAGGACUCCGGCUGUGAGGACCUGACCCAAAGCCCUGAGUGCAGUGUACUUAACAGUCCCGUUGAUGACAGUCCACCACCAUGUUACUGCAGUGAUUACUGCAUUCUCAACAAAACAGCAGAAGGUUUCGCUCCUGUUUUAUUGUCCAGAGGAAACAACCUAAAUGAUCAGUCUGAUUCCCCGUAAGAGGGUGAGAGCU